AUGAAAUCAUGUCAGCUCCAGCAUAAACUCAAUCAGGCAUGGGAAAUGAAUGGUAGAAGCUGAUAUCACAUGUGAAUGUUAUUCUUUCAUUUUUUUGAGGUGGGGGGAUAUUGAUCCCCUCCAAACCUUACCUUUGCAAGUCACAAGGUGGCGCUUCACGUUAUACUUCAGUCAUUUGACUCGAGCUGUGUCCGUGGUGCUGAAAUCACACUGUAUUCUGCAAAUACACAGCCGACGUUCAUCAUGUAUUCUCCACGUGGUGAUGGUGUUUCGUUAUGGCCACGUAAAUAAAUAGGCUGCGCCGUAUAAUUACAUUUCCAAAUAGGCUAAAGUAGGCUAAGGGUAUUUAUCUGCUACUGAUUUAUCAUUAUCAAGCCUGAAGUCGUUCAAACCGAAGAAAUGGAAAAGGAGCGAAAAUCCUCCAAACAAUAUGGGUCUUUGGAACGAAGCAAAUUGGAUGGAAAAGCCGAUAAGAAGGAGGAAGACAUUGUCUCAAUGGCGGACUCCACCAUCACAAUAGAUCACAUUGAAGGGGAGCUUUUCAGAAUCGAGCGGAUACGUGAUGUUCUAGUACGGAGGGAAUCAGAACUAAGAUACAUGAUGGACGACAUUCAGCUUUGCAAGGAAAUCACACGGCUGAAAAAAGAACUUCAGAAGCUGGUGUCUGUUUCAGACACAGACAAAUCCAAUGAGGACCGGCAGAGGGAGGAGGAACUGCUGCAGCAGAUCCACAAGCUGGUGGAGACCAGGGACUUCCUGGUGGAUGACGUGGAGUUUGAGAGGCUCAGGGAGAGAGAGGAGGACAAAGAAAUGGCUGAUUUCUUGCAGUCUAAAUUCCCAAAGACCUCGAAGAAAAAAGACGUCACAGAGGACCGAAGGAUGACCUCCAAAGCCCAGCAGACUUCGUCCACUCCCUUCGUCACCAAAACCGGUCUCACCCUUCUGAAGGAGUGCUGCGGCUUCACAUGCUCUGUCAUGUAGACUCCUGCCCUGUGGAGAGACGGAGACACUUUGUUGGUUUCUGGAUGGGGUUAUUUGUGUUUAGGGUGCACACAGAGCUCUCAUACUUUGACUAUAACCCUAAACAUAUGUACAGUGACGGUUGGGACUGUGUUUCCAUCAAUGAAUCUAUUGCUGGGUCAUUGCACCAAUUUAGUGCAUUUUGAGAAGUGUAACUUGGUAAAAAAAAUGUUUAGAUUUAGCAAAUUUUUACAUUCUGUAAUAUAUACAUGACUGAGUCAAAUAGGCUAUAUAUAUGUCAUAUAUAUGACAUAUGCCAUAUAUAUAGCCUACUUGGCUCAGCCAAGUCCAUAAAUCAACACAUAUGUUCUUCAUCACCAUGGUCAAAAUAAGUCUUCUGGUCCGUGACCAUGUUUCAAUUAACAAACAGAGGUACUAUCCUUUGGACAGAGUGAAAAUGACAACGGAACGUUUCCAUUCUGAUAUAUUAUUUUAAUCUGUAGCAAAUGUGGGUCAGCUCCUGGAAAUGACUAUCUGGCCACCCUUGGGGAUGGUUGGUGUAUAUUUGUGGACGUACAAAUAAGGAACGCUGUCUGUAAAACCUGUAGUGUGAUUUGACACAGUGAGUGACUACGUUUAAAAGCUCUGCAGCAGGAGAGUCAUUGAGCACCAGGUUAAUGGCAAUUAUCUUAUUCAAAUAGACCCUGUCCAAUUAAAGUAAUUAGACAGUAUUAUGUGUUGUUAUGACUGCAAUUAUCCCUCUUUAAUGCAUUAGAGCUUGACACUUCAUUCCCAUGGGCAUUGUCUACACAGCUAUGCCUAGCAAACCUCACUCUGUCUCUUGGUGACAUUUUACAUGGUCACGGCUAACUAUGACACUGCUUAACCUUGCUAAAGGCCACUGCUUGCUUGGCUUCCAUGCCUGGUGAAAAAUGAGCUAAAAUAGAUCCUCCUCUCUGUCAUUUGGCCCCUUGGUAUCUCCCCUCUGGACUACUGCUUUACUGUGGUAGCUACCCUGUCAUUAGCUGUGUCUGAUUCCUGGAAAGUCACCAGAAUUACAUUCAGCUCUCUGCUUUUACAAUUCUAAUAUUGUUUCAAUUUCAGUUUCAAAUGCCAUGUUUUGCAUUUUUUGUUCCCCAUUAAAUGAGAUAAUAUGCCUUGAAA